ACGCCAACGGGACCUGAGUCAGAACCAUCGACUUGAACCUUCCAUCGCAUUCCAUUUUCCCACACCUCUCAUCAGAUCAAUCCCUCCGAUCCACGCAAACACAGCCGGAGGCAAAGGGGCUAAAAGAAGGAAAAUACAGGCCAUGGCAACAUCAAUGCAGGAACUCUAUCGCGUGGAGCAGUGGAGGUAUCGAGCCGAGGGAAACGCCAACCUAGUCCUGCAGUACAUUGGACCUGACCCUCGAUUUAAAACCACCUUGCUUCGCCUUCGGAAGACUGACCGCCAAAUAACCGAGAAGACGCCAGAUUCUGACACCGCAACAGCAGAAGCACCCAUUGACGGACAUGCCACCGAAACGAAUGAUGUAUCCAGCGAAUCGCUUUUUGCCUCCAAGGUCAUGGGUCUUCUUCUAGGGCAAGAGUUCAUCGAGCAAUUGAUCCCAAUCUCGCUUCCCAAGGAGUUCCUUAGAGAGCUGGCAGAAACCAUUGAACCCUCGCGUCCAGAGGGUCGGCUGCAUAAGGCAAUUGACCAUUCACAGAUUACAGGAUUCCUGGUGCUGGAUCAUACACGAUUCAUCAAGCCUUCUGCUGGCCAACCCUCGGUCGCCGUUGAGAUUAAGCCUAAAUGGGGAUUCCUGACACAGUCAGGAUUUAUCUGCAAGGACAAUGACAUUAAGCGGCGUAAAUGCCGAUUCUGCAUGUAUCAACAUCGCAAAAUCAAAUUGGGACAGGAAGACAGUUUGAGUGAAUUCUGCCCUAUCGACUUGUUCUCAGGCGAACCGCCUUUGGUACGGAACGCCCUGGAUUCUCUUGUGCGAACGCCCCAGAACAACCUACGUCUCUUUGUCGACGGAGAGAUAUGGCCUAUCUCCAAUGAGGCAAUGCUGCAGUGCCUUUCAGGGCCUGGAUCCGCUCCUAAGAAGCCGCAAAGAGCAGAUUCGCAGACUGACGUUCAGGAGAGGCCUCUAGAGACAUCACUUACAGAGGUUUUGGUACGGAUUCUAGUCCAGUCGCCAUUACUUAGGCGACUCGGUCGACUUCAACAGGCACUGGACUCGCUGGAUGUGGAGACCAUUCAUCGUUUCUAUGCUCAGUUGGUUGAUCCGGCUAUGGGCAUCCUUCCGGAACCAACUCUUGAGGAAUUCCUGGAUACAGCAAACUCCUUUUUGUAUCGCACGGAUAUGAAUGAAAUGAUGGACAUGGAACAUGAAAUAUUUGCGACCAGCAUUGCUACCAGCCUGGGGUUUGGACCGGAGGACGAUCUUGAUAACCCGAAUACGGUGCCGGCCAGCCUCAAACUGCACUACAUCCGCGAAUUCCUUUUGUCGGCGACGUUGAAAGAUUGUUCUAUUCUGAUCACAGUUCGGCGUGAGGAUCAGGCGGAUCAAAUUAUAGAGGACGUGGGGACGUCUUCGAUUACGCGAAACGGAUCAAGUCUCGGAGUGGGCAUACUUGAGUUCAGCGAGAACUACCGGAAAAUCAGGGUCAACAACGAGGACUUUAUAUACAAAAUCACUUGCAUAGACCUUGACCCAAAGAAGAUAGUCUCUGUCCCUAUGUAUCUGAAAAAAGACAGGGACAUCGUCGGCUAUUAUCUGUCCAUCGUUGGAGACCGCCAGCAGCGGUGCGGUUCAAGAUAGGGCGAAAAAAUAAAGGGUGGGCGUUCAGUGUCACGAGUCUAUUUUGCGCCUUACCUGGACGGGCGAUUCCAAGGUGCCAAGCAUUCUUAAACCUCUCUUGCAUUCACCGGAAGCACUGUGAGCAAGCAUCCCAAUACCAAACAACCCUUUGAGCAUACACAACAAGACCGAAGAACAGCUUGAAAGAAGGUGAUAACUAUGUAUGUUGUUCUCCGACCCGGCAGGUCCUAUGGACCUGUCCAGAAUGCAAUUGCAGUCCUGAAUCUCCUCUCAUUGCUUGUGGGGAUGAUUCUGCUGUUUGUUGGUAAGUAUACCCAGUUUGUUUGCCUCGCCAACAUG